AUGUGGAUGAGACGGAAUCACUUUAGGACACGACAUUGCGUCGUCUGUUUCACCGUAUCUUUUGCUGUUUUAUAUCGACGUGCUCAUAUCUACUGUUGGUCAGAUAGUAAGAGAACGACGACGAUAGCGCAUGCAAUGAGCAGCAGCGAAGUGGACGAGAGUUGUAAAGUUUUGCAACGAAAUUGUGGCCCAACCGGCAGAUGGACGAUUGCGUUGUUUCUAUCGUUAGUUGUGGGCAAUUUUGUGUUUAGCGGUUUUCUGUUGUGGAAGCUCAGUGUUCAGGAGAAAAGAUUUGAGAAAAGCGUAGAGAAGUUGCAGUUGGACUUGCAGGAACUUCAAGUAGAAAAAGAGGAAAUGAAGCAGGUUUAUGAGACGUUGUCUGAGUAUGGAGGAGAAAGAGGGAAGAGGUCGGAACAAUCUCCCAGUCAGUCGUCACAAGUUACAAUCAACAUUGCACACGUAUUUGGGUCAUUCAUCAAACAGAUGUGCAAACCAGAAUCAGCAAUUUGUAUACCAGGUCAACCAGGAAGAGACGGAUUGCCAGGUUUGCCAGGUAGAGACGGUUUGCUAGGAAAAGAUGGUUCAACUGGAUUGCCAGGUUUGCCUGGAAGGGACGGUCCAAUUGGAUUGCCAGGUUUGUCAGGAAAAGAUGGUCUACCAGGUAGAGAUGGUUCAAUUGGAUUGCCAGGAGCAGCUGGAAAAAACGGCGAGGCGGGAAGGAAUGGUGAACGUGGCAGUAAGGGAUCAGCAGGUAAACAGGGUCCACGUGGAAUAGCAGGUAGGAAAGGAGACAUGGGAGUGAGUGGAGAGAAAGGAGGAAGAGGAGAGAGAGGAGUAAGUGGACUGCAAGGAAGUUUGGGUCCUCGAGGAGAAAAAGGAGAAGAAGGAGACAAAGGUGAACGAGGAUAUCCUGGCUUUAAAGGAGGGAAGGGUGGAAAGGGGGAGAUUGGGUUACAAGGAGGAAAAGGAAUGAAAGGAAACAAAGGAAUGAAAGGAAUAAAAGGGGAUGAGCAGGAUUUACAUCAAUUGUUUGGUCUACCCAGUCAAUGUUUACCAUGGAAUCAUCGUGUUUUAAAUGAAACUUGGAGACAAACAUCUGAGCAUUAUUCUAAGACAACUCAACACUGUGAUUAUACAAGUCAUCCAACCAAUCAACAUGGUUUCACACCAGGCUGGCAUUCAUUCAGUCCUACAAUAGGUGGAGCUAUGCCAGAGAAUUGCACAUCUGAGAACUACUGUGGAACUCGAGCAUCAGGAUGGUUAAAAGGAUCUCACCCAAAUGGAAUUGGUCAAAAAAAUUCAAGAACAGUUUGCUUUAGUCUUAGCGGCAAUUGUUGUUGGAGGCAGACUAGUGUUGAAGUGAUCAACUGUGGACAGUAUUACAUAUACAACUUACCUAACACUCCAGCUUGCAGUCUAACUUACUGUGCUCAAGGACAGUGAAGAACAAGUUUCCUUUAUCAAAACCAUCACAUGUACUUAUCUUUCCAUUUUUGUGUGUAUCUAUGCUUCUCUGACUAGACAAGUGUCUGCUAAGAAUGAUUGUUGUAACAGCUGCUUGUUGUGUAGGAUUGCUGCAUACAGUAUGAUGUGCUGCUAGAUGGAAAUUUUGUUAUAAACAUACACAGUUUGUGAGCAGAAAUGUGGUUUGCUGUCUACAGUUAACAACAAUAUUUACCGGUGUAGCAAUAG